AUGAAGGGGAGAGGAACGAGGAAGGCAAAAGCUAGCGACCCAGGCCAUGGGUGUAGACCUCAGAGAGCAGACCCAGCCAAGCCGAGAGGAGGAGACGGGGUCUGGAACUGGAGAAAGGAGGAGCACAACUGGAGAAGUGGACCGUGGAGAGUCAAGCAGAGGACGGUAGAGUGCACGAGAGGUAACCAGCGGGAUGAGGCUGGGCGAGCAAAGGACAAGAUGUGGGCCAUCUUCCACAGCUCCAUAGAGACUGGAGCGGGACGAGGCCGGAGCGAGACGAGGCCGGAGCGGGACGAGGCCGGAGCGGGACGAGGCCGGAGCGGGACGAGGCCGGAGCAGGACUAUCCCAGAGAGGCCGAUCUCGAGAAAAGGACACCAAGCUGA